UGCCGGCGGUGGGAUCCGGGGCGAAAAGCCUGCUCGCCGAGCGGCAGGGGAUGCUGUGGAAGGGCAGGCAGGAGGACCGAGUCCUCGAGGGAGUUCUCGGCGACGCGGCGCCGAGGAUGGCCGGCGACCAGAAGACCGAGGACCCCGCGCCCAGCGGGGAGGGGAGCGACCAGGGUGCGUCGGCCAGGGGGGAACCGCAUUCCAGAGUGGGCGGUAUUCUGGAAUGCGAUCCCCCCGGUAACAGGAAUUCGUCGAGCGAGGCGCCCGCCGAGUUAACCACCGAGCGAGCCAACGGUCUCUGCCGCUAUGGUGCGGCUGUUACCAACGGCGGUAUGUCUUUCGUCGAGAUCUGCCAGAAACGACUGCAACAUCUCUUCCCACGAUUGACCUCGCAACCAAGGUAUAGUCCCUGCGAAGACUCCACCGAAUUGACGGCGGUAUGCCUUGCCAACGACGUGAUAAGGUUUCUGCUCAAAGAAGACAUCUAUCUGAUAUCGAGGGACCCGGUCUCCAGGAGUAUGAGGCAUCACGUCUAUCAGAUGCUCAACAAGCACAGUAUUCUCUUCACCAGCAUGGUCAACCAGCUUAACGUCAUGCCGGAUACUGCGUACGAGGCCUUCAUGGGAGUUGCCGACGAACUGUUUCUUCACGGAGGGGUUACUUGGGCGAGAAUUAUUUGUUUGUACGCAUUUAUGGGGAGGCUCGCGCUGUGGGCAAGAGACAGACACAUGCACGCUCUGAAGAUGAAGUUGCCACUGUACGUCUCCAGAUACAUCGGCGAUGAGAUUUCGCACUUCAUCAAAGGAUAUGGCGGAUGGGAACAACUGUGCGUGGAAUAUCCUGUGGCGGAAGAAGUUAACGGAAUGGUCUGGCACAGCCUCGUAAUGACUGCGGCAACCCUUGGGCUGGUGGCCACGUUUUUGACGGUAACCUCAUGAAGCGGUUUAAAGUGAAAUCCCGGUGAACGGAUUUAAAAAGCGAGUGACUCGAUGUGUACUUACGCCCUGUGAUCGAAUCCUCGAAAGCGUUCCAGGAGAUAUGGCUCGUUACCUCGCGGAUCCUGACGGCACGUUGUUAAAGUAUUACGGGCUGGUGUUAUACAUUCGAAGUAAUCGCGUCGACUGGUAACACUUUGAUCGAAGAAACGUUCGGAACGGGAAAUGCUUAGUGAAUGUCGCAAAGUACAAGAAUUCUUAAACAUCUAGAAUAUCUGUGUAAAAAGCCUCUCGUACGACUCUCCGAACGAUCCUCCUCACCUUUUCUAGAGCAAGAAAACAAUGCAAGUUCCCUAUUACUGUAAUAUCGUAACUUUCUUUCGACAAACUAGUUGAAUUAGUAGAAAGACUAUUUUAUUUAACUUUUAAUCUAGGUGUUUUAUUGAAGUAAUUCUUCCUUUCUCACUCUCUCUUUUUUUUUUGUUUUUGUAACGGUAUCACGCAAAAUUGAAGUUUCAGAUAUCCGCGUCGAAUGAGAAUGUCAAAAUUAUCCUGAAUUUAGGUAGAAGCAAACUAUUUGUAUUUAUUUAUAAUUUAUUCUAGGUAGAAAAUAUAUUAAAUAACAAAUUUUAUAAACGAUACGCUUGACCAAGAACGGUCGCAUCAUUCUCUUGCAAACAUAGUAACUGCAUGUAAUUGAAAUAUACCGGUUACUAAAUUUACCGCAAUAACUUUAUACCACGGUAAAAUCCAUACUUCGGUAGCUUUUAGUACCUUUGUAAAAGUGUAUGAAUUUCUGGCGAUAAUAAACACUAUUAGGACAUA